UGGAUAACAAAAUGGCGGAAGUGAAAGUACAAAAUCUUCUCCGUUUAUACAAGCUUAGAGACAAGUUUGACGCUGUUAUCCUAGCUGUUCAUGCUUGCCUUGUAGAGCGAGAAUUCCGCUGUAUCAAUUCAGGGGAGGAGGUGAGUUAACAGACAGGGGUAGUGUUUAAAAAAUUGUCCCGAGGAAAAAAAUACAAGCUGACUCAAUGCAAACUGCAAACGAGUUGCCAAAUUUUUAUUGGUUGAUAAUAUUUUUAUACUAGGUGUUAAUGAAGUACUUUCCUUGCUCUCGACCAUAGAACAUUUAUUGCACCAUUUUUCCGAAGUGAUCUUUAAUUCGGACUUUUGUUUCCCCUGCAGAGAAACACACAACAAGAAUUUGAUUUUGGAGAGACCCUUCCUCCCGAUUGGAAUUCACUUGAUGAUGUUUAUGCUCUUCAAUAUCGCAGAGGAAACUUGAACUCUGUGUACGUUUUAAAAGCCUUGAGGCUGGGUGAUAAAGUGAUGCUGUAUCUCAUGGUAUGUAUCCUCUACACAAGUGGUUGCAACUAUUUGAUUGAAAGAUAAACAAUUAGGUUACAAAAUUUCGAUCAAUAAUAAUAAAGCAAAAUAUUUUUGCUGUAUGAUAAAUCCUUUAUUGGCCAAGCUUGUUUGGUCAAGAUGACUGGAUAUUAGCCUGAUUCUUUUUUGGCAUUUUUAUUGACCUUGACUUUGUGAGUCUGUAAAAGUGCAAAGAGAAGGACAUGGCCAAUAUCCAGCCAUCUUGACUUCAUGCUUGGUCAAAAAUGCACACAUAUUGUAGUGAACCCUAUAUUUCUCAAAUGUAUCUUGCUUUCACUCUAAUUUUACCUUGCAUAAUUUGUCACACAUCUCCCCACCCCUCCCUAGUAAAAGUAUUUUCAAUCAACUUUUUUAUAUAUGGAACAAGACACCUCUGCAAGAGGCCCUUUCUAAAAAAAUUGUAAUUUACAAAAAAAAUUGUUGCUGGUGUCUUUUGUUUGUUUUUUUUUUGCUUGAGAUUAAUAAACUUUUUCUCAUGAUAAGCAGUGUAGGUCACAUCAAAAGUGUAUUGAGUUAAGUUAGAUAGGGAACUGACAACUUAGAUGUUUAACAUAUUAAUCUGAGUUGAAAGUGUGCAACAGUCAUAAAUUCACCAAAUUCUACUACGAGCAUUAGGAGAACAUGUUAAUGAACAAAGGAGUGACAGCAUAAGAUUGCUUCAAGUAAACUAGUGAAUUCUUUAUCUAGGAAGAAGAUGAGUCCAAAAUGUUUGACGCAGAAUUAGAUGUGGAUAGCUACACUUCCACAUCAGCUGAAUACAACUGUGCACAGGGAACCCAACAGAUGGACAGGUUUGUCUGACUUCCACUUAAUAAAUCAUCACUUUGCAAGUUUUGCAUCUUGUCUAUUGGUCAGACUGCAUCCAUCACCAUGUUUUGUACAUUCAUGACUUAAUCAUGUUUUAAACUAUUUCUUUUACUUUAAAUGAUUUCAAAGAUUUGGCACUUUUGAAAAUUUUAAAUGCAAGUCACUGACUAGCAUGGUAGCACUAUUUCAGUUACCAUUGACAGCACAAGCAAAUUUAUUUUUCAACAAAAGAGAAGCAUUUGUGUUUGCUUGCUGGUACUACCGGUAACAGAUCAGUAAUUUUUAACUAUAAUUAUUUUUAUCUUUUGUUAUGUAGAAUAUUCAGACAUAUUGAUCAGUUGAAGACAAAAAUAUUCAAAGAAGUUGUUGACAAAUUUACUUCAAGCAGCAGAGCAGGUUCCAAUGAGGAAAGAAGACAGAACAGAACAGAUAAUCAGAGGUACCUACUGAUAAAGGGACCUCAAUAAUCAUUUGUUCACAACUGCAAUUAUAUUUUAACAAAGUAUAUAUUAAUAAGUUCAUUAAUACACCUGUUUCAUAGGGAGCAACCAAGCAGAUUGAUUAAUGAUGACCCACUGAGAAUACCUCCACGCAGACCACCAGACUUUCAUGGGGAAUGGUAACAAUCAUGCUUUUAAAUACUUUUAAAUUGUGUGAUUUGAGUCAUUUUGUUUGUUUAUGGAAAAUCUGCAAACUUGGUUGACUUGAAUCCCUUAAACAAGAUCCAAUUUCCCUUAACCCAUUUCUCAGUCAUUUAUUAUCAGCUAACUCAAACCCCAAUUAACUUGAACCAUUUUUUGUUUCCCUUGGGAGUUCAAGUGAGCAGCGUUCUACUGUAGUUUCAGAUGAAUAAACAGUCAGUCCAUCAUUCUAUUUAACAGCCACUUCUCCACAAUGGAAAUGACUACCAAAUUAAAUGUGCACAACAAAUUUCAGUUGUUGUUUUUUUUGGGAUGGGAGGUUGUUAGGUUGUUUUUACCUCUAAUGAUAAGCUGAAGGUUUCUUUCUUAAUUAUUUAUCAACUACUUUGUUUAUGUAUCAUUGGAAUAUUGGGUUCUUCUAAAGAAUAGGCAAUGAUAAUUUUUCUUUCUCCCCAAGGUGGGCAUUAUCCAUUUAAUUCAGUUGUACUAUACAGAGUUUCUUAACUGUGCAAAUGAUUUUCUUAGGGCACCACCAGUUGGGCCUUUUGGAUAUGGUGAUGGAGACAGGUUCCCUGGAUACCCAGGGUGAGUUAUUAGAAUCUGAACUCUUCAUGUAUCAUUUGAGCUGCACCGGUUUUGCAGAGGUCAUAGGUUCAAAUCCCAUGCAGGCCUGAAUUUUUUUCAGGCCCUAUUGUUGCUACUGCUUAAGUAGUGUUCACUACUGCAAAGAUCGCUUCCAUGUUCAUUACUCUGGUUUACAAGGACUGUCAUUUGCAAGUUAUACUUAACAGUCUGUCAAUCUCCUCUAAACCUUGUUGAGUCAGCAAGAUGGUGACAUAUUCAGCCAACAGAAGGGUACCUUACUUUGUUGAUUUUCAGUGCUUUGGAAAAACAUUCAUCAAAUGGCAUGUUUUAGUGGUGUUUUUUACAAACUGUUCAGCGAUCAUGUAAAAACAUAUUCAAAUAAUUACUCAACAGUGAACAUAUUAUUAUUAUCAUAAUGAUUAUAAUUAGUUUUAUGCUCUAACCAGUGGUAGUGGUGGCAUGUUGAUGGACCCUUUUCGUGCAGGAGGUAUGGGUGGGGUAGGACCUGGAAGGCUUGGACCACAACCCCUCCCAGGACAGUUGCCAAGGUUUGAUUGACUACUGUAACAAUUUACAAUAGUCCGUAUACUUCUUAUUCAGUAUGUUUUGUGUAAUCAGUCAGGCUUUACUUUCAAAGGCAAGAUCAAUACUACAAGAGUCAGUAAAUGAAAAUGGCACAAUAGUCAAACAAUAAAUAGUAUAUAUUGUCUUGUCAUUUUGUGUGUCAGUUUUUUUUUCUUUUUUUUUUUUUUUUUGGAUUUUUUAAGUAGGUUUUCUUACAGUUUUUUAAAACUACACAGAUUUUAAUCAGUGGUUUACUUUCACACAGUAUUGUAUUGUUGCAAAGGGGGCUUUUGUUAGCAUCCUCAGUUUUCUGUAUUCCCAGACACAUGCCGGAGGUACAAUGCACUGCGGGAACAAUUCAAAAUAUCCAGGAUACUACCAACAUUUACCUUUCUGCCUGUCAAAUUCCUUUUUUUUUCUUCAAAAUAAUAAAUUCAAGUAAAAUUAUGUUCUAGAACAUGCUGUCUGUUCUUGUUUUAGAGGGGCUGUCCCUCCAGGUGCCAGGUUUGACCCAUUUGGACCAGUACCUCGUGGAGGAUCACGCACCGAUCCUAGGUCAGGAAGAUUUGCUGGGUGAGUUUCCAUAAACACUAAUAUUUGUUGUGUAAGGACUGUGAUUGUUGUUUACAAGGUUAUUUCACUGACAGUUGUAUAAAGAAAUGAUUAGUUCAGGUUGUUAUCGUUCAAAAAGUUUUGGGGUGAAUCACCCCUAAUGAAGGCACUAGACAGGAGUGUCAAAAUGUUGGGUCUAUGAAUUGUAACUUCUUUGGUUACAUUCAUUAAAUCUGUAAACCAGAGUAGCAUCAAACCAUGUCUGAUUGUCCACCUGGUUGCCAUGUGAACUUUAAUAUAUUGAAAAAGUUUGUCAGCAUGUCUAUUACUGGCUAGAAGGUCAACAAGUUUUUCACAAGCAUCUUUGUGCAGUUUGUAUCUGAGAGAAACGUGUGAAAUGAUGUUUUUCUUUCACUUUCAUGACAUUCCAUAAGUUUUUUUUAAUUUUAAAUCAUACCCUUUUUGCCUUUUGUUUAGACCUGACCCAGAUCACUUGCCACCACCAGGAUAUGAUGACAUGUUCAUGUGAAAAUAAUGUAAAAGAUUUGGUUUUCCAAGCCUAGAAUUAUGAAGAAUCAGCUUGUUAUUUCUAAGUUAAACUUAGUUUUAUGUGCCUGCUUUAGUUUUAUCUGCCUUAAUAUUUUGCGCAGGUACUGGUACAUGUACAGCUCAAACAUUUUAUAAGCCAUUUUAUUAGGUGGAGUGUAGGGAGCUACAACAAGAAUAUCUUCAAGUAAUGCGAGGUUGUUUUGUAGAUUGGAGCUGGCAAAAUUCUCUAGCUUCAACAUCAUUACAGUUGGUAGCCUCUUCAAGCUUUACACAUAAUUAAAUUCACAGCUGCCCAUGAGAGUGUGUUUAUUAUUUUAUUUUCUAGCUUUGUAAAAUGCAUGAAUUCCUCUCCUGGAGGUCAACCGUUGCCCACAAACACCCAGACAAAAGGCUGUACAUCAGCAGUUACUCACAUAGCAACAGGUGUUUUGCAGUGCAUAGACAUGUUUUCAGUGAACAAAUAUUUUCCUCAACAUGUAGACCUCCUUAAAGCUGAUUUUACCCCUUCUCCAGCAGCAAAAAUCAGACUCUUAACUCACAAAAUAUGAGAGCAUAUUUACUCAACUAAUUAAGGUUUC